AUGGCUCUCGCUAUGGCAACCACGCUCCUGCCCGCUAACUGGACCCUUUCGGCGUGGACCCUGGCCUUGGCGGUUGCCCUUUCGCUGCCGCUGCUUCUCUACUUCCAGAAACGUCGCGCCGCAAAGCCAGAGCCCUUUUUCAACUUCACCGGCCUGCCGGCUGAGAUCCGCAACAUGGUCUACGAGGAGAUGGUGGAUCCUGACUGCAACCCCUCCUUUCCAACAGAGGCCAUGCGCGCGCCGCGCCCCUUGAGCAUGGCGUCCUGGAUCCCGCACCGCAAGAAGCCCAACUACCCGAAAUAUGGCAUCCUACUGGCCAGCCGCCAGCUUCACCAGGAGUUCAUGGACGUGCUCUGCAAAAGCGCAACCUUCACCCUGAAUGUCGAUCGUUCGAAUGAGCAGAGCGCGAAUUUGUGGCCGCUGAGUCGCGACAGUGUCACUAAGGUGCGCAGCUGCGAGAUCCGCAUCAUUGCAACAUCCAACAUGCUCGGCUCGCGAGAUCCGCGCUCGAUGCCUCGCGACUGGGGAUUGAGAGACCGCGUGUCCAGGAGUCUGAGCGCAAUGAAACGAGUCGAGAAGCUCAGGCUCCAUGUGCACGCGGUGCCAGACCGCAUGUGGAACCCGCUAUGGCUGUGGAGUCAGGUGUCGCAACAGUUCAAAGACCUAGCAGAGCCGCGCUUCACCGCCAUCACUUUUGGGCUCGAGUCCUGGACGCUGGGGGAGAACUGCCUGAAGAGGGACGCCGACGGGCGGUGGAAAUGGACGUGUCCGGCGAAUCAUGUGGUGACGGAUGACCCUGAGGGCUGGCAGCCGAUCCGCGAGUUCUGCGCGGCGCUGUAUCUCGAGUGUCGUGAGUGUCAGCAGCAGCGCGCGGAGUCAGCGGGCACGGCUUAA